GUGAAUGUGUGGGUGGGUGAAUGUGUGUAGUAGGAGUUGUAUUUAAUGCAUCCAGACUCUUAAAAGUGGUGCGAAAAAUACAAAUUACACAGAAAAGUGACAAAUUCAUGUUUCAUCAUUAUUUAUCGUCCUAUUUUAAAUUAUAAAUAAAUAUAGAAGUUGCAAAUGUGAUCAAACUGAAAUUUCGUUUGGUAUAAAACAGUUUGUAUAUUUAUUAUCAAUGUCUCACAAAUUCCUUCUAAUUUGGAUAGUGUUGUACUAUAGCUUUGGUCGAGUUGUUUAUGGAGACGAAAAAAGACUUCAUCGUUUUAAAAGAAUCAUUGGGGGACAAUCAGUGCCACGUGGUACCUAUCCAUGGGCAGCAUCAAUUCAAGCUAAACGGCACACAUCAUGGACAGCUUUAGUAACAGGCACAGAACAACACUACUGUGGUGCUGCAUUAAUUCGUCCUGAUUGGGUAAUCACAGCUGCUCAUUGUCUGUAUGAUAGAGAAGAAGAUGAUGAAAUGAUAAGUUAUCUGAAUCCUAAAAUGUGGCAUGUUCGAAUGGCGACAGAAAAACUAAGUCCUGGAAUCUUGGAACGUCUUAAAGGUGCUUUUAAUCGGGUGUUCAAUUCAAUUUUUGGGCACGUGAAACCUCAGACAUUUUAUCACGUCGAUGAGAUUUUUCAUCAUCCUAAAUAUGAACCUGGAAAUUUGGAGUACGAUAUUGCUCUUUUUAAGCUAAAAGAAACACCAGUAUUGUGGAAAAUUAAUCAUUUGGAUUUGAUAGAACUACCAGGAGACGAUAUUGGAGAGGAAUGGCCCAAACCAAACCAGAAGUGUAUAGCUGUUGGUUGGGGAUGUAGUUUUGUCGAUGGACCGCCUACAUUGAAAAUUCAAGCCGUAGAACUUCCAGUAUUACAACCACACACUUGCAAGUUAAUCUACAUGGCUUAUAUAAAUUUAACAACAGAACAUGAAUUUUGUGCAGGUUAUCAUAAUUUCGGGAAAGGUGUAUGUCCGGGUGAUAGUGGUGGACCGUUAGUCUGUGAAGAUUCAAACGGUGAGUUGAAGUUAGCAGGUAUCGUGUCAGCAACACAUUCAAAAUUGCCUGCUGAUUAUCCAGCCAUUUUUACUCGGGUCUCUUAUUUCACUCAAUGGAUUAAUACUGUUAUCAAAGAAAAUUCACAUAAGAAAAAAUCAAAUGGCUUCUUUUCAUUUCUUAAAUUAUACAACCAAAAUUGAUGCUAGCGCUUAACUUUUCCAGUUGUGUAUGAAGCAUGUGUUUAUUGUUAUUAUCUUACCUCUCUCUCUCCCUCACACACACACACACACACUCAAUAACAUAUACAUGUUGUACACCUCAAGUGAAUGUUAGAAUUUUUAGAAUACAACUACUUUCAGUCGCUACUGGAACCCAUAACUUCGCAUCUUUGAUUUAUUAUCAACAGAAUUUGCUGAUUCUUUUUGAUAAAAAAGAUUUUUGACACCCUUUCUGAUUAUUACGUCGCAUGACCAGGUUGUUAUUGGAGCUACAAGUCUUCCAACACUAAUGAUUUUUGAAGAUAGUCUAUUGACUGAAUUGAUUAUUAAUCUGAAUUUCCAAUGUUUCAGUUAGAACUCAUUUUCCGUAGAAAAGAUGUAGUUGUCUUAGAUCAAUGCAAUUACUAUGUGAUAACUUGGUGUAUGACAAAAAUAUAAAAUACUAGGCCUGUUCACCAUUGUGCGCCCCAAUACACACACACACACAAACAAGUACAUGCAGCACCCAAUACAUAAAAGCUGAAUAUCAACCCUGGAUAUCGCUGUCAGACAGUAUCCAUUCUAUUGUUUACAUUUUGUUUUACUUUCGAAUAUGUGUUUAUCUAAUCUGAAAUUUGAUGUAAAUGUAUUGAGAAGGAGAGAGAUAUUGCAUUGUUUGUUGUAUUAUCAGGAGCUUUGUUACUGUAGCAUUCACAGUUCAUAAAAAAGCAAUUUAAUAUUUAAGUUAUGAAGUAAAGCCUUUCAUCUUCAA